AUGAGUUGCAAGCCAAGAAACUUUUAUGGCAACGAAGGUGUUGUUGGUUUAACUCGUUGGUUUGAAAAAGUUGAAUAUGUUUUUGAAAUAUGCUACUGCUCUGAUGGUAGCAAAGUGCGGUUUGCUGCAUGCACCUUGAUGGAUGGAGCUCUAACAUGGUGGACUGACCUUGUAAAAACCUUGGGUAUCUCGGUGGCUAACUCAAUGUCAUGGGAGAGCAUGAAAGAACUUUUAAUAGAGGAAUACUGCCCCCGAGAAGAAGUACAGAGCCUAGAACAUGAGCUUUGGAACUUAAAAAUGAAAGGUUCUGAAGUCAAGGCUUACACAACAAGGUUUAAUGAUCUUGCAGUCCUCUGUCCAGGCAUGGUGAAACCAGAAAGCAAGAAAGUGGAGCGUUAUAUAUGGGGUCUGGCUCCAAAAAUAAAAGGAAUGGUACUUUCAUCGAAACCUACCACAUAUCUCAGUGCUAAACGUCUAGCUAUGCAAUUGAUCAAGAACGAAAUCGAAAAUGGAGUAAUGGUAAAGGAAGUUGAAACUCCAAAGGUUAGCAACAACCACCAUAAACGAAAGUUCAAUGGAGCGAACCAGAACCAAUAG